AAAACUCAAAAAAAAACAUUUCCUUGGAACCUUUAUCUCGACCAGAAAGGCCAAAAAGACUUUCUCCUAAAAAACGUCGUCACCUUGAAAAACUUGUUUCAGCAAACAAAUUUUCUACAUAUGCUAAACUGGCAAAUAUUUUAAACGAGAAGUAUACCAACCUCGAUAUAAGCAAAAGAACUAUACUCAAUGAACUUCACAGUCUUAAUUAUAUUAGUACAGUUUCAAAAUCCAUACCUCUGCUCACUGCUCUUCAUAAACAACGUCGUAUUGAAUUCGCCAUGAA